UGACACAGAGGCCAGUUUGUAUGGGGGUAAUGCAGCAGGAAAGCCGUCCUACACACAUUUAGCAACAGCGGCGGGGCUGCGGCAAGUACAGUAGCAACACAACAGAGCUGCUGAGACAACACGUUGCUGAGACACAAGAGCGAGCGACUAAGUCGGAGCCGCUGGAGACAGUAGCGCAAUCAGCGGGCAGGAGACACACACACGUCAGUCAGCACCUUGGAGAGCGCUUUGAACACUUGUCAAUCAGGAAGGCGCCGGACGUUGCUGAGCUGAGGAACAGAUUGUUGUGUUCAGCACCUGGGACAGCAGCCUCUCACCGACCCCCUGUGACAGCGGGAACUGUUCAGGAGCCGACUAACCUGCCUGCCACGCAGCUCUAUGGAUGCCAAAGCGACUCCCAACGGUGUGGCAACCAUUGAAGACAGGAUCUUAAGAAUCACUGGCUACUAUGGCUAUUACCCAGGCUACUCCAGUCAGAAACGAGGAGAAGGGCUUCAAUCAAAUACAGAAAACAACACAGAAAAUGCUGAAAAGUCCCGCUGCCAGUCAUGUACCUCCACUUUUCUUAAAUUUGUCUGGGGAUUUCUAAUAAUUUUGUCGGUGUCAUCCUCUUGGGUCGGUACCACGCAGAUCAUCAAAAUUACUUACAAGAACUUUUACUGCCCCUUUUUCAUGACCUGGUUUUCAACAAACUGGAACAUAAUGUUUUUCCCGGUGUAUUAUUCAGGACAUUUUGCAAUGGCACCAGAGAAGCAAACCAUGUUACAAAAGAUCAGGGAAUGUAGUCGAAUUUUUGGUGAAGACGGCUUGACCUUGAGGCUUUUUCUGAAACGAACGGCCCCCUUUUCCAUCCUCUGGACUUUGACCAAUUAUCUGUACUUAUUGGCUCUGAGGAAGCUUACUGCCACGGAUGUCUCAGCUCUCUUCUGUUGUAAUAAAGCAUUUAUGUUCCUACUCUCAUGGAUUGUGCUGAAGGACAAGUUCAUGGGUGUACGGAUAGUUGCUGCAAUAAUGGCAAUCACCGGAAUUGUCAUGAUGGCGUAUGCAGAUGGUUUCCAUGGUGACUCGAUUAUUGGUGUUGCUUUGGCUGUUGGUUCAGCUUCAACCUCAGCUUUAUACAAGGUGUUAUUUAAGAUGUUUCUGGGAACAGCCAACUUCGGAGAAGCAGCACAUUUUUUUUCCACAUUAGGGUUCUUCAACCUCAUCUUUAUUUCAUGCACACCAGUUAUACUGUAUUUUACCAAAGUGGAAUACUGGUCAUCAUUUUCUGCUUUGCCUUGGGGUUAUCUGUGUGGAGUCGCAGGCCUGUGGUUUGCAUUUAACAUAUUAGUGAAUGUUGGAGUUGUUCUGACAUAUCCAAUUCUGGUUUCUAUUGGAACAGUUCUCAGUGUUCCAGGCAAUGCAGCCAUCGACCUGCUGAAGCACGAAGUGAUUUUUAGUGUUGUGAGACUGGGGGCAACUAUUAUCAUUUGUCUUGGAUUCCUGCUUAUGCUACUCCCUGAGGAAUGGGAUGAGAUAACUCUGCGCUUCAUUAACAGUUUAAAGGAGAAGAAAUCAGAGGAGCAUACAGAGGACAUUGCAGAACCCAGCUUACACACAAGGAGCAGAAGUAGAGCUAAUGGCACAGUAUCUAUACCAUUGUCUUAGAGCCUGACCAAUUCUUUUGCACGUGAAUGUAUAUUCUGUGAAUAUAAUUUAAUUAUUUCACUAAUAGUAAUGUAUUACAACAGUAUUAAUCUGCAAUGUGUUCAAAGUUCAAGAUAUUGGGAUAAAGUUUACAUUUAUAUAAAGUGUAAAUAAACAUAAUAAUAGAA